UCCUGGUCACCCUGGGAGCAGCCUUCCCGCCCAGGGAGGCAGGGUGAGGUCAGGCAGGGCCGGGCGGGAGGCCAGCCCCGAGGCGCAGCACCGGCGAUGAGCUCAUGGCCCCGCCGCCCUCCCAUCUGGCUCCCAGCCCCGGUGUUGGCAGCAGUAACUUGGCGCAGAGCGUGGGCAGGGCCGGGCUCGCGGAGGAGCCGCGGGGCCAGCGAGUGGUGAUGGAGAAAGCAGAGGACUCGGUCAGGAGGCCAGGCCCAGCCUCCCACGAGCUGUGUGGCCUCGGGCCUCCUUACCCCUCGUGCCUGGGUGUCCUCAUCGGGGACAGGGGCGGGGGCAGUAAAACAGCUGGCGUUUCUGGAGCUGAGCGGGGCCUGUGCUGGAUCCCCAGACCCGCUCAUCCGCCUGGCUCAUCCCCUCACGCAGACGGGACGCUGCCCAGAAAGGGCCCCCGUUGGCCCAAGGUCACACAGCCAGUGCGCGUAGGACUUGGUUCGAGGCUGGUGGUCAGCAGUCCACGCCCUCGGCGCCUUCGGUCCUCACUGCUUCUCUUCAGUGUCUACACCCCGAGGUGCUUGGGAGUUAAAAUGGACAACUGUGUCCGGGAGAGGCAAAGCCAGACCCAGAAGCAGAUUGGGAGCUGCCAGAGGCCGGGGGCCGGGGAGACCCUGCCUGUUGGAACUGGGGUCUCGGGUGAUGAACAUGCCCUGGAGUCGGUGGCGGUCCUGGUCCUGGGGUCAGCGAUGCGCGGUGAGGGCGCGUUGACGGCGCGUGCCCGGGUCCUCUCGGCGGCGGCGUGCGCACCAGGGCACCUCCGGCUGCCACUGACAGCGUCGCUGCCAGGGUCGUGGUGGGCGCAGCUGUGCGGGGAGUCGGCUGCAGGCAGGGGCUGGCCAUGCCAGGGUGGCGAGACCCCGGGCUCUGGCAUGAGGCGGGCUGGCUUUGGCCCCGACCCCGCCUCUUCCUGCCGCCAGGUCUCGUUUCAGGGGCAGAUGGCAGGAGCCCACCAAGGUGGGCUGUUCCGGCAGCACCUCAUCACCCGAGGCUGAGAAACCGGGCGCUUGGCUGCAGGGGGACCCCGCUGCGCCUCUGCUUUCUAUAGGCUCUGCGUAGUGGGGACCAGCGCG